GCCAUAUUGGUGCCCGCGCCGCAGCUAUUGCGUGUUUGUCCCUGCAGCGCCCGCCGAGCCUACCCUGGGGCGGCCCAGCGGAGUAGGGAGGAGCCCCCCCCUUUCCCCGACCCGUCCGCCGUCCCCUCCCCCCCCUUAGCCCGCCCGCAACCCCGACAUGGCGACGAGGCCCGGUGGCCCAUGAAAGAAGCCGACCGCCGUCACCCCAGCGGAGAACAACCUCCCUUUCGGCGCGGUUCUAAAGCCUUUUUCCCUCCGCCGCACAACAUGGAGGCCGUGAAAGCUUUUAACAGCGAGCUUUACUCGCUGAAUGAUUACAAACCUCCUAUUUCAAAGGCUAAAAUGACACAGAUUACUAAGGCAGCAAUCAAGGCCAUAAAGUUCUACAAACAUGUUGUACAGAGUGUUGAGAAGUUCAUUCAAAAGUGUAAACCAGAAUACAAGGUGCCUGGUUUAUAUGUCAUUGACUCGAUUGUACGACAGUCUCGGCAUCAGUUUGGACAAGAAAAGGAUGUCUUUGCUCCUCGGUUUAGCAAUAACAUCAUUAGCACUUUCCAGAAUUUAUAUCGUUGCCCUGGGGAUGAUAAGAGUAAAAUUGUUAGAGUGCUCAAUUUGUGGCAGAAGAAUAAUGUGUUCAAAAGUGAAAUUAUCCAGCCUCUAUUGGAUAUGGCAGCAGGAAUUCCUCCUCCAGUUGUGACUCCUGUUUUGCCAGGGACAACUGCUACUUUGAGUAAUAAUACACCAGGAACUCCAGUAACUCCCGCUACUCCAGCCAAUGUAAUCCAAAGUUUACCUGAUCCAUGGGUAUCUCAGAUAACUAAUACAGAUACGCUUGCUGCUGUAGCACAGAUCCUGCAGAGUCCACAAGGUCAACAGCUUCAGCAGUUAAUACAGACAUUGCAGAUGCAACAACAGAAACCACAACCAUCAUUGCUUCAAGCACUGGAUGCUGGUCUCGUUGUUCAGCUACAGGCUCUCACUGCUCAACUUACGGCUGCUGCCGCCGCUGCCAAUACACUCAAUCCACUAGAACAGAGUGUCUCUUUUAACAAGCUGAUAGAUAGGUUUGGAGAUUUCGGAGAAGAAGCUGAUUUGAAUGAAGAGCCCAAAAAGGAAACUCCAACUUCUCAAUUGCCUCUUGUAUCUGAAUCCGUGAACAACUCACUUUUUCAUCAGUUAGCUGAACAUCUACAGCAACAAAACUUUGAACAUCUUCGGCAGCAGCUUCUAGAUCAGCAGCCAUCAAAGGUAAGCCCUGAGGAAACUCAAGAAGAAAAUUUUGGUUCUGAGCAUUCAGCAUCACCUUCACAAGACAGCAGUCACCAACAGUUUUUAGAAGUGGAAACAAAGCUUGACAAUUCAAUGGAUGUUCAACAACAGGACAUGGAUAUAGAUGAAGCCCAGGAGGUUAUAGAACAAGAAGUCUUUGAACAAGAAGAAAAGAAACCAGCUGUUCUUUCAAGAUCACGAACACGCUCAAGAUCACGUUCAAGGUCACCAAGAAAAAGAAGGUCAAGAUCACGGUCUGGUUCUCGAAAGCGUAAACACAGAAAGCGCUCACGUUCUAGAUCAAGAGAAAGAAAGAGGAAGUCAUCAAGGUCAUACUCAAGUGAAAGAAGAGCUAGAGAAAGGGAAAAAGAAAGACAGAAAAAAGGGUUACCUCCUAUCCGAUCAAAAACACUAAGUGUCUGCAGUACCACGCUUUGGGUUGGUCAAGUGGACAAGAAAGCCACACAGCAAGAUUUAACCAAUUUAUUUGAAGAAUUUGGACAAAUAGAAUCUAUAAAUAUGAUCCCUCCUAGAGGUUGUGCAUAUGUCUGCAUGGUUCAUAGGCAAGAUGCCUACCGUGCUCUUCAGAAAUUAAGCUCUGGAUCCUACAAAAUGGGAUCUAAAAUUAUUAAGAUUGCAUGGGCUUUAAACAAAGGGGUGAAAACUGAAUACAAACAGUUUUGGGAUGUGGAUCUUGGAGUAUCAUAUAUACCCUGGGAAAAAGUUAAGGUGGAUGAUUUAGAUGGCUUUGCAGAAGGAGGCAUGAUUGACCAGGAAACAGUAAAUAGUGAAUGGGAAACUACAAGGACUUCAGAGACCGUAAAAGAGAGUGUGCAGGUAACCCAGAGUGCAACCAUUGACAAAACCACAGUUGUCACAACACAGGCAGAAACUUACACACAGUCUGUCAGUAUGCUACAGAUGCCUGUAGCUCCAACUGUGCCGGCUGUUAAUUUAGUUCCACCUGCAUUUCCUGUUACAAUGUCUGUCCCUCCACCUGGUUACAGUGGAAUUCCUCCGCCUCCAUUCUUGAGAGCAAGCUUUAAUCCUUCACAACCACCUCCUGGUUUCAUGCCUCCACCUGUUCCGCCACCUGUUCCGCCACCAGUAGUUCCAACAUCUCUUGUACAGCAGUCAAUGACCCUUGCUCAAGAAUCAAUGAAAGAUUUUAGCAGCCUUGUUCUACCAGGUGGUAGUGUUUCUAGUAGUCUUACAACACCAACAUUAUCUGCCGGAAGUGUCUUUCCUUCUCUUUCAAAGAACAGUUCAGAAUUAGAUGAAAAAGGAUCUCUUCGUGCUGAUCUUCAGAUCUCUUCUACUGAAAACAGAACUGUUCAGGAUGACGUUUCAAGCAGUUCUGGACUUACCGAGGGAGUACAGCCACCUGGUAUCACAACCAGUUCUGGGCAUGUAGGGGGAACCCAGCCACCCCAUGUCUCAAGUAGUGCUGGACUUGUGCAGCCAGUCAGUGUCUCAAGCAGCUCUGGACUUUUGACAAGAGUUCAACCACCCACUGCUUCAAAUAGCUCCAAUCUUAUAACAGGUGUUCAGGCUCCAAGUGUUUCAAGUAGCUCUGGGCUUUUGACAGGACUUCAGCCCAUAAAUGUUUCAAGCAGCUCCAGCCUUUUAAUGGGAAUCCAACCACCCAUAGUCUCAAAUAAUACUGGACGUUUGUCAGGAAUCCAGCCACCCAUUGUAUCAAGUAAUUCUGGGCUUUUGACAGCACUCCAACCACCCAUUGUAUCAAGCAAUUCUGCAAUUUUAGGAUUGCCACCACCAAUGGUUUCAAGUAGUUCUGGACUAUUAGGAUUACCGCCACCAAAUAUUUCAGGUGGUUCUGGACUAUUAGGACUACAACCACCCACUGGAAUUCAAAAUUUAUCCCAUUUAACUAUGUCUAGUCAACGGUUGCCUGGAAUUCCUCUAGUAGAAAUCCGAUCGGGAUUAAUACCACAACCACCUGGUCCUAGGUUUCCACUACUGCAACCUGGGAUACCACCACAACGUACAGUUCCUCCUCCAGCUAUACUUGAUCCAUCCCUUCCUCCACCUAGAGUUCCUUUCCUUCCAGGAGAUAUUUUUACUCAAACAGAGAGACCAUUUGCAACUUCUAGUAGGCAAAAUAUGGAUAUUUCUAACCCAGAUAAAAGAUUGCCUGUCGGGGAAGAUAGCAUUCAACAAGAAGGAGAUAGAGACUAUCGCUUCCCUCCAUUGGAAAGUAGAGAUCGAGCAUCUUCAGUAGAUAUAAGGGAUUCUAUUGGAAGGCCACCACUAGAUCCAAGAGAAGGUCUAGGCCGACCUCCUGUAGACGGAAGAGAACAUCUUAUCAGGCCACAUAUAGAUUUACGGGAGAACUUUGGACGGCCAGGUAUCGAUAAUCUAAGGAGAGAGCAUUUUGCUUUCAACUCAGAAAAACACUGGGGUCAAAGAGGAGAUUAUGAUGAAAGAGAACACCAGACCUUUCCUGUAUAUGGUGGUCUAAGGGGGUUCCAGGAAGCUCGAGAGAGAUAUCGGCAAACAAAUUACAGAUUUGAAACUCGAAGUGGUCCUACCUGGAACAGAGGACUUGAACAAGAUGCUCACAGAGACUUUGAUGACCGUCGUAGGCCAUGGGAAAGACAAAGGGACAGGGAUGAUAGAGAUUUUAAUUUUGGUAGAGAAAUUAAUGGAAACAGAUUUGGGAGAGAGAGAACACAGAACAACUGGAUACCCCCUCCACAUCCAAGAGUGUUUGAAUAUUUUGAAGGUGGUCCUUCUCAACAAAAAGUUGAUAGUGUACCCCAAGUUAAUGGUGAAAACACAGAGACAGAGAAUCAGCCAUCUGCUGUGCAAGUGCAGGAGGAAUUGGAACUUUAUGAAAAAUUGGCGACUUCAAAUGAGACAAAAAAAGAGAAGAGUGACACAGAAGCUGAAUUAGAAAAUGAACCAGUGGUAGAAAGCACAGAAACUGAGGGGACAUAAUCAUCACUCAGUAGGUAAAAAGAUACCUUUUGUAAAGUUGUCAUCUCUCUCUGUAAUAGAUGAAUGGCUGACUGGACCUUAGUAGUUCAUUUUUUUUCUUCCAGAAUUAAGUUAAUCUAAUAUUCAUGUUCAUCUUUCACUUAAAUAGUUGUACAACUGACCUGUAUAGAAUAUUGUUUUUAAUUUGAACAUGGUAGGUAAAGUUUGUCUUUCUUUUCUUUUUUUUCUUUUCUUUUUCCCCUGACAAAGUGCAAACUUUCCCAACUUGCUUUUACUUCAGAAGGAUAAAUUACAGCUUGUCAAACAAAGAAAAAAACUUCCUAUGGAAGAACUUGAUUUUUUUUUUAGAUGCUAUUAGGUUGGCCAUAGAAAUUGUUAUACUUGAAAACAGGCGCUGGUAUAUCUUACCCAGAUUUCUAGGCUGCUGCAAAUUUUUAAAACAUAGGCAGAGCUGUGAUACUAAAUGUUCCCUCAGUUUGGCCCAGAAAAGGAGCAUAAAUAACACAGAGAUGGUGUGUUUUUGAAAUUUCUGCAUUAUAGUCUCUGUUUCUCAAACAAGUGUCCAUGAUCUGUCCUCCUCGUACUGCAAUGAAUUAAAAAAUUACAUACGUUUUAAAUGUUUUUUUAGAUGCCAAUAAAGCAUUAUUUGUUUGAUAAGCAUUCUAGGUAUUGUAUUUUUUAUAUACAAUCUAUAAUAUUCUGGUUGAAUUGUGCUUUAACCAAUUGUUGCAAAAGGUUUAUAAUGCUCUUGUAAAACUAGUGCAACAAUUAUAUGCUACAAAAGCAUAUGCCUUUCUACUAAAAAAUCAUGGAAUCACAUUAGUUUGUGUAUAAUAUAUGUAUGUAAAUAUUUGUGUAAAACUGUAUGUAGAUACCACUGUUUCUGUGUGUGAUGGUGCAUGCGCACGCACUCACAGAAUAAUGUAGACAGUUAAAUAAAAUGAAAUGAAUUAGGUUAUGCAAUUUCAUAUUUAAUAUUUAGGUAGAAAGAAAAUUGUAGAUGCUGUUGUGACAGGUUAAACAAAUUAAUAUUUGCUCUUCUAAAUUCUUAUUACUUCAGAAGGUGGACUGGCAUGCUCUGAAGGCUGAAGAGUAAGAUUUAAGGAUGCUUUUUAAGUGUGGCAAUAUAUGGUGCAAAAAUGAAGCAAAUGUUUGAAUUGUCAUUUUUGUAAUGCUUCUGGUGUUUUGGGUAGAAAGUGAUAUAUAAAAAUACUUUGUUGAUGAUUUGCUUGCUGUGAAUAUUCAGUUCAUAGUUGUUAUCUAAAACAUGUUGAGCAACUUUAAGAACAAAACACUUUUGCUUAUCUCAAAUAACUGACCAGUAAGGUUUAGGUUCCAAGAUUCUUUAGGCUGCAAUCGUAUAUGCAUUUAACUUGGAUUAAGUUUCAUUGAGAUCAAUAUUGAAUACUGGCAUCGAGAUAUUUGGAUUUUUUUAAAACUCUGGGCUAGCUAGUUUCCAUAAUUUGAAAUGGCCUCAUAAAAAUAUUUUUGUCCAAACUAAAAAUACGUUUUUAGGAUCUACUCUCUAACAAGUUGAUAUAAUGCAACCAUUGAUCUUUUUUUUUCUUUUAAAAAGCCUUCAAAAUCUAAAGAAUAUGUUAGUUAUAUUGUGCUAAAUUAAUAUUUUAUGUAGAAAAUGACAUUCUUUAAUUCAAGAAAAGUUUGAAUUUUCAAUAAUGUGAAUUAGUCGUUCCCUAAAAUUAUGCUUCUAUAAUAAUAUGAAAUAUAUGAAAGUCACAGAAAUUUCAUUAAUAUUAUGAAGUCAAUACACUUUUAUUGCAAUAAAUUUUGAGAAUUACAAAUUUACAAUUUGGAAAUUUAUAGUGGCACUACCACUUUUGCUUUUGGUCAACUUAAGUCUUAAAAUUACAAAUGCAUUAUUGUUGCAUACUGUAUUGACAGUCUGGUGGAUUCACUUUCACUGAAUUACUGUUGCCAAAUAUAACAGCAUUAAGAAUCGAGAUAAUCAGUAUAAUGUAUACAAUGCCCCAGAUUUGUGUUUGCUCACUGGAAAUAAUGCAACAGUGGAAUAUAAUUGUGUUUUUUACAUUGGGACAGUAGCUCUAAUAAGAUAACUGUUUGAUUUCAUUCUUGAUUUUUACAAAUGGCCAAAAAUACGUUAUGCGGUUUAAGUUUAAAUCUUAGAAUAGUACUAGCUACAUAUCACUAUCAUAUAAAAAGAUACCUUGGAACUAUGUAAAAGCUGUAUCUUUUAAAAAAUUUAAAUAGCAUAAAAGUAUGUCAUACUUUAUUAUCUUUGGACAUAGCAUCUCAUGAGUAAGACAGGCUUGGCAUAACUCAGAUCUACUAGUUGAGGAAAAAGUAGAAUGAGACAAAGGUGCCUCUUAGAUAGAAGGGAUCUCCAGACAAGGUAGUUAUGUUCUGUUGGCAGAAAGUUACUGCUAGUGGUAUUCCAAAUUAUGGUAGUAAACAUAACACAUGAGUCAGUGCCAUUUUGAGAACUACUGAAUUUGUAGCUGUUCCAUUUUCUGGCUGAGAAAUUGUAAUUUACCUCUAUCCACCAACAUAUUGAAAACAGGAUCAGUUGUGAGUCUCUUUGCUUGUUAUGAUUGUUUUCCUUAUGAGGCUAAAGUUGAUAACGUAAGUGAAUGAAAUUAAUAGCCUAAUCACUAAUUAUUAUAAUAGCAAAGAAAUUAUUUGAGAAUAUACUGCUCUUUCCCUAUAUUUUUCUCCUCUUGUUCCCAUAUAUGUAAUAAACAUUUGUAUUAUAGAGAAAAACUGUCCUUUUUUGUCAAGGAAACAGCUAAUUGUUAUAAACAUAAUUUCUAUUUUUCAGUGGCAUAUUGGUUUAAUAUGUAACUUUUAAAUGUGUUUUGAUAUUAUAGAAAAUAAAGUAAAAUCUCAAAUAAAUGAAGUAACCAAAAUAGAAAUAUAAUUAGCAAAUGAAGUUAUUAUACUCUAAUUCAAAAGAUUGACAGUCCUUAAAAGCUUCAUUAGGCACCAUGUUAAAUUAAUCUCUUCAAAAGAAAAUCAAAUCAUAACCAGAAAUUUGCACUAUAAUUGACACCAUACAGAAUAUGCAAAGCAUCUUUGGGAAGCUAAUUUGACAUUCCCAGAAUGUAAAUUCAUCAUUUAAAAAGAGACUGCUUCCAUAUACAUAUUUUAAUGAAAAUAAUCCAUGUAUCUGAUUCCCAAAGGUCCUAUUUCCAGUGGUGCUCAUGAAAUUAUAAUUUUAUCAGGAAUGAUUUCCCAUAGAUUCUGUUGUUCAUGUGACAUGUUAAAUGCCAAUAGUAGUUCCUUUGGUUUAUUUAUUUCCAAAAUGCAUUUUUUGCUCUAAGACCUUUCAAAAAUCACAAGCAAGUGUGACCACAAAUUUGAUAUUAAAAUUAGAACAGUGAUUUUAAGACUUUAUACUGGUUACUAAUAAGUCUGCGGCACUUCUUUCUUGAUGAUUUUUUGUUGGUUUUCUAGUACGAAAAGAUGGCUCUUUUGCUUAUAGUGUAGUCCAGUGCAUGUUUGCUCAAACCUACUCCAUUGAGUUGAGUUGAAUUUGCAUAGCAUUGCAGCCUUGAAAUGCAAUGUAAAUUUAGCCGUGAAGUUUUUCUUGUUUGGUUUUUAAUUAAUCUUGCUUAUGAAAUGCCCUGAUAUGUUUUUGCAAAUAUUUAAAACUGAUUACAAUACCUAUAAAAAUGAAUAUGACUGGAAAUCAUACUUUUAGUGUGUUAUACUAUAUGUGCGUAGUUUCUCACAUGAGGAAGAACGUACGAGCUUCACAGUUCCUAACAUUCUAUCCCUAAUUUCUGAAAGAACUUCUUUUUGACAAUUAUUUUGCUUCUUUCCUUCUAUACUAUUAGGUUUGAUUCCUUCCUUUGAUGUUUGACUAACCCAUAAUUAUUCAGUACCCCAUAAUUACAAAGUGAAAACAGAAUUUUAGAAAUGUCUGUA